CACUGGACGAUCCCCAAGACCAAAGCAUCCACCACAGGGCAACGAUAUCGGGAGGACGGGGAUUUCCAUCGAUGGAUGCAUUGACCAAAACUCAACCUUCUAGUUCGGAAGCAAGCACUUCCAGCUGCAAUGACAUGCUGUCCCGCGUCGUGCCGUGUCAUGUACAGCGGCAGGCAUCGAUCUCCGCGUGGCAUAGGUGGUAUACAGCCACGCGACACGUCUUUUGAUGCAUCAAAUCGGGCAGAAAUGCUCAUUAAUCAUCACCAUUCAGCACAGGCAUGCUUGAACUAAGAAACCCAUCAAAUUAACAGAUUCCACAAUACGAGCCCCCUUCAGCCUACAAAGCAACCCCCGAAAUGACGCAGAACCCAUGAUGAGGCGCUUCACCAGUCAAAAGGAAUUCGAGUUGCAUAGACUCUUCCAGCCCAACAAAAGUUCAUGGCAACCAUCGUGGUUAGCUCCACAUGCAAUAUCACUUACACCUUUCCUACCGAAUGCAGAGGCAAUCGAAUAAUGACAAUAGCCCCGCCAUUGAUGCUCUUAUGAUGACUUCCACUGGGCUUGGCUGCUGGAGUGUCGAUUACAGUACGCGGAGGCGGGCUUGCUUGUCUCUCCUCGGGGAGAGACCAGUUCAGUUUCGUCAGGCGCCCUACUAUGCAGUGGACAGGGAAAGCAAAAGAAUUCAUAAUAACCUUUUAUGACCGCAACCGUUACUGCUACUCUACGGAUAUCGCUUGUUCGAGGUUGCAUUGGAAGCGCCUCAUGCAGGGACAUAGUCGGCGCCAUUACACCAGUAUUGAAAAAAUGAACCACACCGCUCAGCCUGACAACCCAGAUUCGCAAGGCUUCUUGAGAAGCCCUAUCGCGAUAUGGAUACUUCCGUCGAUCUCGUGCGCCAAUACGUGUCGGACCAAGCCAAUUGUCGCCGCCUUAGAUCGUUCGAAAACGGUUCGAUAGAUGCAGUAGGGAUUCCUUCUCUACAGAGGCUUGAGACUUGCCCGAUUCCCAUGUCACUAACAUAGCCUUGUCUUGCCCAAAAGGCCAAAGGCUCGACAUCGUCCGAUCUAGCUCGACCAAUAGCCGCUUAGACACACCCCUGGCCUGGAACAAGCUCGCGACAAGGGUCUGUCUCUAGCCCAUGGCGUUGCUACAAGUAGGGCUCACCUCAGCUGAAAUGCUCAAUUUAGCCCAUCUUCUGGCGUCACUCCCUCGCCAAACUGGUCAGAUUUGGGUUUGGUCAGUAAACUAAUCUGCAGGGCUUGGGCCCUGGGGGCUCGAAGCAGAUUGCAGUGCGAUCGUGGGGCAUCAUGGCCCAGGGACGCCCGGCUUGGCCAAAAGCGACUUUUGUGCCUCUGACGCCUUCGUUGGAAAUCUCGGGCUGAAAACAGGGAUGCCAAUCGUGUGCAGACUGCAGGAAACGACUCUUACAACACGCCCUCGGGGUCCGGUACGACCUAUCAACCAAUUUGCUCCGACUUUAUUCGACGACCCCAUGGCCAGCUGUUGAUGGUUGGAGACUUUUUGGAGCACGCGGUUCAUCGAGUUUCCUUGAUCAACUUUGAUUGAGACGGUCCAGCCCGGCUCAGCUUGCGAUGACAUUGCAAUCUCACGCUUGCUUCUAGGAUCUCAUUCCCUGCCCCCGAUUAAUGUUUCAUCAUGAAAACCCCAGUCCUUUCUGACUUACACAUGAGAUCAUGCCAAAAAUGUCGCAAGGAGCGAUCGACAAAAGGCUCGUCCCACUGGCAGCUCUUGUCGAAGUCUUCAGUGACAACUUCCUAGAACUCGGGCAACCUUGGCCAGAGCCACACUUAUUUGGUCAUUUUCAAAUCCUUCCAACGCCUCCAGAAAUCAAUACUCCACUUGUCAAAGCCACCCCUACAAGUCAAACGUCGUACCCACGUCCCGGGACCGAAGCCACAGCUAGUCUUGAUUAGUAGCCCCUCUGAAAGAGGCUGUCUGAAGCAUUUCUUUCCGCUCCUUUACAAAGAGAAUCCAUGUUCAUUUUCUCCAUAUUCCUAGCCCAGACCCUCGAAGAGCAGGGUGUGGUCGAAGAGGGGUGUCGUACUAUCCUUCGAAAUUGGACCCAAAGUUCAUCAAGUGAUGCUCUUGGCUUGGCUUGCUACAUUGACCUUACUCGAGAGUUUCCAUCAGUUCAUGAACAACCAUCAUAUAAGACUCAGUACCCCCAGCUACGUAACCUUACACAAAUAACCGGUAUUGCUUUUGCACUUUGAUCUUUUGACUCCUCUUAUAUGCAUCUCAUAUGACAGGCUUCACACCACGCCCUAUCUACUUAAUCACAACUCGAGCAUCACUUUGGUGACCCAAAGACGACCAAUAGGCCAUCUACCAUAUUCGCAUUGCUGGGAAAUAAUCCGACGGCGAUCCCCUGGUAUACGUCGGCAUAAUCGGCUCCAGCAUUUACUGAGCGUUGAGAUUUGCGACGGAAGUUAUUUCGUGAUCGAGUCAUCAACCAGAUAAUCUAUCUGAUACAAGCCACUACCAAAGUCUGGAGACACACAAGGCUUACUCAGUCGCCGCUUUUCUCCAAACGAACAUAACUCGUUUUUCUCUUUCUGACCAAGCGCCCUUAAACGCGGGUGUUUGAAGCAUAGCCUUGGAUCAACCGGAUUCAAGACCACCAACAACCCUGUCUAUUCAGCCCAGCCCAGCCUUCUUGUCUACAGAGUCGACUCCGCCCAACCAACCCAGACGAGGAUUGUCAACGCAACGGGCAAGCAUACCCCCAGAAAGUCACCGUCUGACCGCAGAAAGUAGAGUGACCUUUGGCCCCGCCAAGUGACCGACGGCGCCAAAAUUAAGUUUCCGCGAAUAUAUCAAUCAAUCACUGACAUAAACUACGCACCAUGCCCGUAACUAAUCGAGGUGUAACACAACUUACACCUGACACCACCACCUCAACGUCAACUCACAGCAACUACUUGAACAAGUCGUCUUCCUCCUUUCAAACUCUUCAAGCUGGCCUCGCAAUCUUUGCUGUUGCUGUCAUCGCACGCUUUUGCGUUUUGCGACUCUACCUAUGGUUGCGACAGAUGCGCGGCUUGGAUCAGCAAACCCUACCCAUCUCAUCGUUGUCGCAUACUCGACGGCUUCAGUCGCAACCCUUUUGGGCUAUGAAUGAGAAGACUAUGACGCCGCCUGCUAACCAGGAGGACAUGGCCCCUGAGCAUAUGUUGCAUGCCAAGCAAACAGACAAGAAACUGGUCAUCGACCCCAACUGGCAGAGUACAGACAAUCUCAUGUCCAGACAUGUCAUGUCGCGACCACCUCCUGCACCACCUCUGACGCCGCCUGAGCUGAGCACAGCCGUCUUCACUUUUGAUGACCGCCCACGACCAGGCGAAGAUAGUUUUAUUCGUCAGCCUAACCCGGAUUACAUGUCGUCGACAGCCAACACUGUUCUGCCUGACAACUCAGCAUCAACAUCGGUCACCCGCCGGCGCUCUUACAAUAAGACUCUUCCUAUCGGAGUGCCCGUGCCUCAGUCAUCCCAAGGGAUGUCGGAUGCUGCCGAUCUGACUUUUUCGCCCAGUUCCUACCCACCUGCAAGCCCGUUGCUUCCACCGGCCCCACCCAACGCAGGAACCGUGGAGAUCGGCGUCCAGGGCGAGAUUAUUGGUAUUCUCGACUCCGAAGGCGCCGGAUGGACGAGACAUACGCGUGUCUAUGGCGGCGGAGUCUGCCUUGCAUGUGCGGCCUCCGGUGGCAAUCACGGGGGCGGUUUCUACGGAGCAACAGUCCGGCCUGAGGAGAUGCGAUGACGGGUUGACAGUUUCGUAACGACCAUGUGUACUACUUUCAGUUGACUUUCCCGACCAAACGUGAUUGGCACUUUUGGUCUGGCAUAGGGGCCCAUGUGUAACGACCGUUUACGACUUAUGUUAGAGGUGGACGUGGUGCAACAACUGCGCUUCUGGGCAAAAUUUCCUUUUCUCAUGUCUUACUUGAAUGACCCACGGCCUGCGCCGCUGUUUUGAAGCGACGCAUUGUCUCACUUGGUUUCGGUUUUGGAUUUGGGUUGGAUUUUUGUUUUGCACUGCUCAGUAUAAUAUACCCCUUAAGGUACUCAUCUACUUUAUUGGUUAUUAGGCUAAGGGCGCAUGGAACUGAAGAUGUAUUUCAUAAAGUUUUUUAUGUCGAGGUUUAGAUCUUGGCUCAUGAUGAUAUAAUGACCUGUUUUCUCUCAACAUUAUCUUAUUCUUGCCUUCUCUGCCAGACAUAGGCAUCGUAGCAUGAUCACUGAAUCAUUCUCAUCAUCUACGCAUGCAAAGCCCCACAUUGAUCUUGUACCGCAAGCCACUCGCGAAUGCCUUCAACAAAGCUCCAUAAUCGAUGGAGACUUUGACUCGGACUGCUCGGGUCGCCAUUCGAACACGUCUUCAAGUCCUUGUAAAAGUAAGCAGCCUCGAGGGCAUAUCACGGGAUUUGUACCAUGAAGCUCUCGUCAGCCUUACAGAGGAGUCUGCCAAAGUCCAUACCUUGCAAGUGCUUAUCGUAGGACUAAGCCUCGGACGUAUCCCAGAGAAGAUACCCGAUGCCCGAAUGGAUCACCAAAUGCAGAAACAACCUAGAAGAUCACCAAAGACUAAAAGCGGUUGCAAAGCCUCGUGCGGGAGGGGAACACUCGCGCGUCAUGCAGCCUAUGCAGGUCUAGGACCGAAGAUCAAACCAACGACUUAUACACCUUUCACCGAAUUCAGGUGAUUUACCCGCCCGCCCCUAAGCUUACAUUGCGCCGAUGCUCGGCGAUGUGUGCCGAGUUCUCUUGGCCUAUGAUACUCCGGUACGGUAAGCUCUUGAAGGAAUAGAUGGGGUCUUCGUUCUGCUUAGGAUAAGAUAGUAUAAAGGCGGCUGGGAAGAACUUAGAGAUCUCACGUCAGAUGAGAGGAAAUUACCUCGAAGGUCGUGUGCCGUGAGCGGGUGAUCACGGGGAAUGAGGACAUGUGCUCAUGAGAGGAGGGGGUUUGUAGGGCUGAUAUUGAGGGAUUGAGUUGACACAGUGAGAGCUAGGUACGGGAUACGACCAAGCUGAAUCGAAGUCCUAGUCUACGGGGUCAGUUGUCAGAAACAAGAAUAGACUACUUACCCCCUUGCUGAUGGCUUUUGUGGGGAGAGAUACGCUUGGUCUAGGAUAGAAAGAUUUAUAACAAAGCCCGGCUGUGGGACUUUUGUAACAUGUCCGCAUGACGUGUUUCGUGCAUCUGCAUAUGUUGUAGGACCUGGGAUAUUGAAACACUUUUUUGAUAUGGUCGCAGAUUUGGCCUGGCUUUGUAAGUGGACGACUGGGAUGGUCGAAAGAUGAUGCCCCUUUUGGAUGCU